GAAUUCCGUAAACAUCCCAAACGUCACUUCCGGUUAUUAUUUUGACAGCAAAACACUGCAACAUUUUGCAAUACUAAUCUCUGGUCCUCAUUAUAUGGGUAUUUUUUAUUUGAACACCUUUUGUGUUUUUCUGCGUCACAUUUAUUAGCUCAUUUUACUUGUGUGGUGGAAUUGGCAAUAUUCGGAAAGAGAUCAGUAUUCUGGUUCUAGCUAGCGGAAGAUGAAGGUCCCGAGCGAUGAAAAUGAGGUGGUGGAGGAAGGCAGUAGCAGUUCAACACCAGUAGACAACUCCGACAACGAGGAAAUUCCACCUUAUCUACGUGAAGAACCUCCUGAAGACGGCGAGAAGGACCACCCUAAGACCGAGGCGGGGGUCAUCUGGAGGGUGACCGGCGGUCUCUUCAACAUGACCAGAGGGGCGGUCGGCGCGACAUGGGGAGGCGUGGCCUGGGUGGGCUGUAAGAGCUAUGACAUCACCAAGACGGUGGUGACCAGCGUGCCGGCCGCCGGCGUGGGAUUAGUCAAAGGGGGCGUUUCCGUGGUGACGGGAGGAGUUGGAGCGGUAGGGUCCGCAGUAGCCAGUAAAGUGACACCAAAGAAAAAGGAUAAGUCGGAUUAGGCCUAGACCCAACUACCACCCCAAUCUAUGCGUCCUUCAUUAUCUGUCUGCUGUGCAUAGGAUCCAUCUGGUUACCGAUGGUAAGGAUUCAGAGUUGAGAUAAGCCCAAUAAGCGUGAAAAGCCGAGUUAAGCUUGCGGAUCUCAAGUCAGAAUACUACCCUGAGGCAGCCAUUACAGAGGGAAUUUUAUGGGAUUGGUGACGAUAUAGGAAGGUUGAACUUACUGCCGAUGUACUUCUGAGAGGGAUCUCAUGUUUUUGUGAUUGACCUGGGUGUGGGAAGGGCAUAAUAAUAUGACGACCACGCACAAUGUUUGUCAUGCAUAAGAACAAUUUGGUAGCGAUUCAGCAAGGACACAUCUACACAUUUCUCAAAGACUGGAGUUGAUUUAAAUUCUUCCAGUUUUAUUAUCUUUACGUUAGUAUGAAAACAAAGUGAAAGGUACUUUUACACAACUUAAUUUCACCAGUUUGACAUCGGUGAUUGGAGAACACACACCAAAAACGACGUGUGUAUGUGAAGAUGUACAGAGUGUGUAUUAUAAUAGAUAUGUGAAUAAAAGGUACGUGGAUCCUAUUGAUGCAGAUAGAGAAGGUAGGAGAGGGACUUUGCAGUCUUGAAACUCUAUUGCAACUUGGAUAUUACAAAAUUGUACAACAGGUGAGGGGAUUUUUAUUUUUUUUGAGUUGGAGACCUGUUAAAUAAAGUGUGUUAUUGCAUAGAAACGGAUCAAAAAAAAAUCCUGAAUGACACCUUUUUGUAUACAUGUUACUUAUAUCAGCAGAGGUCCUGGGGUGUUUAAAGAAAUGAAGCACCAUUUCACCACCAACGAAACACACGUACGUAAGGUCAAGGGUCAUAGUUCAUGCCUGCAUGGCAAAUAUCACCCUAUUCCCUUUAUAGUGCAUUACUUUUUACCAGGGCCCUCUUGUUUAAAAGUAGUGCGCUAUAUAGAGAAUAGGGUGCCAUGUGGGGCUCAUCCUAUGUCAUUCACUUAUAUGGACUUUCCUCAAAUCUAUAUGUAUGUGCCUACCUGUACAAUGUACACACAUUAGAUAGAUAAGUACUGAUAGUUGAUAGUUCACACUGACAUUCCCGGAGUAUGAGGGCCAGUUGAAAACGAACCUGCUUUUUCUUUCCACGAAUCACAUUCACUUCUGGGUGCCAAUAUGUUUGGCAUGAAAAUGAGUUGACAAGAUGCCAGAAACAGAUCUGGGUACAGGCUAAUUCAUUUCCACAUGGUUUACAUUGUUACCAUAGUGCUGAAUUACUGUCCAUUCUGAUGAGACAUUAGGUGUACACCAAUCUAUUUUUUGGUUAUCUUUUUUUUUGUUCUUUUUUUGUAUUUCAAUGUUCACUAGAAAGAGAACACUCUUGGCAUGGUUUUUCAACGCCCUUACUUUAAGCACCGCAUGCUUCAAGUAGUCGUUUUUCCCUUCUUCCUGUUUAUUAUUAUGACAAGUCUUGCCUAUUUCAUUUGAUGCUUUUUCCUCUUGUCCUGUCUAUUUACUGUUUUCCUCGUCUCUUACUCCUGCUAGUUAAUAUAUGUAUUGGGGACUCUGUUACUAUAACCCGAUGUGUGUUCCAAAUUACACCCUGUUCCCUAUUUAGUGCAGCACUUUUGACCAGGGCCCAUAGGGGCUUUGGUCAAAAGUAGUGCACUAUGUAGGGAAUAGGGUGCAAUUUAGGACGCAUACCUGGACCUUUAAGACCAAGUAGAUUUUUCUCUAUGAUAGAACUAUUUUUGCAAAAACUGAUGCUGUAUUCUAUAAAUAAAACUACUCUGUAUUUGAA